UUCAAAUCAAAACAAACACUUGUUCUUAUUCCUCUCUCUCCUUUUUUGCUCUCUUCAACUCUCGAAAAGACACUUCGAUUCUCUCUCAUGGAAAGCCCAAAACACCAGAGAGGGGAGGAAUCGUCGUCCUCCGGAUCGGCACCUCAAACACCCCCGCCGCAUAACAACAAUCAGCAGCAGCAAGUGGCAACGCCCUGUGCUGCUUGCAAGAUACUGAGGCGGAGGUGCGCCGAACGCUGCAUUUUGGCUCCAUAUUUCCCUCCCACUCAGCCCCUCAAGUUCACCACCGCACAUCGUGUCUUUGGUGCUAGUAACAUCAUCAAAUUCUUGCAGGAGCUUCCCGAGGCUCAAAGAGCAGAUGCAGUGAGCAGCAUGGUGUACGAGGCAAACGCUAGGAUCCGAGACCCAGUGUAUGGCUCGGCAGGUGCCAUAUUCCAGCUACAAAAGCAGGUGAGCGAGUUGCAAACGCAACUAGCCACCGCUCAGGCUCAAGUCGUCAACCUUCAGAGCCAACAAGCGAACCUGGUGGCCAUUAUUUGCAUGGAGAUGGCUCAGUCCCAACAAAUAACCACCCAACCCACCAUGGAUACCAUGUCUUAUCAGAAUGGUGCUGUUGGAUUUGGUGAAGACUUUGGAGUGGGUUCACUAUGGGAGCCCCUAUGGACAUCAUGAUCACACCAAGAAGAAAGUGAAAGAAAAGAGUUAACUUAUAAUGGAAAAUUAUGAAUAAUAAUUGGUUAGAUUCUAGCUUUGUAGGACCCCAAUGCCUUAAAGAAGGCUACGGCGGAUUAUAAACAAGGGCCAUAUAAGAGUUUUAUAUUUGUAAUGUUAAAACUUUUGGGAGGGCAUAAACUGGGUUUCUCCCUGAAUGAGAGAGUAUAUCAUAUUGGAAUCUAACAAGAGUACAACAUUUGUAGUUUA